AUGGCGCAUCAAGCACACGCACUACCCUGGAACUCGCUGGCAUCCCAAGUCAAGUACACCGUCUCCUAUCACGCCGAGCCACAACGCAAGGACAUAUUCUCCGUCGACAAGCCGAACCAGGCCAAGGAGGUGGACUACUUCUGUCGAGCCCUCGCCAAGCGCAUCCGCGAGUUCUCCGAGACGGAGAGGGCCAAGUUCCCACCCAAGGAGGAGUACCAGAAGCGCGCCAAGGCGUGGAAGUCGGGUCCCGAUGCUAAAAAGGUCUACCCGAACAAGCAGGACCUCGACUGUCAGGCGCCCGCGGACGCCGACUUUUGGUUCCACCAACGGCUGUGGGGCAACCCAAGGCUCCAGGAAAUAGACAAAUGGUUGAACCAUCAAUAUGGAUCCCGUAUCGACCAAGGCGACACGCUCAAGCUCAUGAUGAUCGAGGCGGUUGGUAUGAAGCCAGCGUUCUCGUCGAGGAUCGAAGCUGGUGCGGCCGAGAAGCUCCAAAGGGAGAUGAUGGACUCUUUGCUCCUCCUGGCGAACCAUCCCGACGCCGACAUACCGUCCCUCGUCAACAUGCACCACGGCCACCACUUUGGGCUCAGCAGGGUGGCUGAGGAGGGCAUCCGUGGGUACGUCUACAUGAACCUGCUGAUGGCCAUGUGGGAGAACGGAUCCGACAUUUGCGACCACGUGGUGGAUGAGAACGGCGUCAAGGACAAGAGUCGGAGGAAGUACAUGGACACCAAGAGCUACGGGAGGAUGCUCGACUCGGUGGCGGGGAGCUACGACGGCGACGCGCAAAACUUGGUCCACUGGGACUUCUUUUACGAACGUACCGAGGACGAUUGGAAGCGUGACGCGUCCAAGGAUGUGCUUGCCGACCUGGAUGCGCUGAAGGAGUACCUGAAGGGCGUCUGGAAGGUGCUAGUUGUAUAUGAUCUUGUGCUUAGGGAAGCGGGUGGCAAUCCGGAUCUGGCGAACGAGUGCCGAAGAAUGCUCCACUGGAGCUUUUUGAUGAGGGUGGAUUUCGAGCAUGACUUGGAGAAAGAGUAG